GAAAUAUUUGACAGGAACCAUUUCUUAUCCAAAACCCAAAACUUUCUGCUCUUUAGCUCUAAAACCCUCUCACUCCCCUCCUUCUCUGUACUUUCUCUCCAAUGGAGUCACUCCUACACGCGUCUUCAUCUCUGGUAUCUCUCAGGCCCGGUAUAAACGGCCGAGAUUCAUUCAUCAACCCGCCGCGCGUGUUUCUAACUCCUACUCUCGGCCGCAGAGGAUCUAAACCUCUUCCUUUGGUCGCCGCGGCUAAGAAGAAGAAAAGCAAGAAAGAUGACAACCAUAGCUUCUCAGCUAGACCUGACGAAGCCACUGGUCCAUUCCCUGAAUCAAUCCUUCUCAAAGAGAAGAAGAUUGAUGAGGAAGGUGAUCUUCUUCCUGAUUUUGCUGAUGCUGAAGAAAAGGAGUUAUACGAGUUUCUUGAUCUUCAGCUUCAGAGUGACUUGAAUGAGGAGAGGAUGAGACACUAUGAGGUGGUUUACUUGAUUCAUGAAAAACAUGCUGAAGAGGUAGAGAGAGUCAAUGAGAAAGUUCAAGAAUUUCUGAAGGAGAAGAAGGGGAAAGUUUGGAGGUUCAGUGACUGGGGGAUGCGUAGACUGGCAUAUAAGAUACAGAAGGCAGAGAAUGCGCACUACAUACUGAUGAACUUUGAGAUCGAAGCUAAAUACUUAAACGAGUUCAAGGGAUUGUUAGAUGCUGAUGAAAGGGUGAUUAGACAUCUCGUGAUGAAACGCGAUGAGGCUAUCACAGAAGACUGCCCUCCACCUCCAGAGUUUCACUCUGUUCGGGCAAGUAUGAACGACGUAGAUGACUUUUAUGAUGAUGAUGAAGAAGAAGAGGAAGAGUUUGAUGAAGAGGAGGAAGAAGGUGAUAAUGUGGAGUACGAAGUAGAUGAUGAUGGUAAUGUCGUUAUGGUGGUGUAUGAAGAUGAAGGAGAAGAUGGGAUUGAUGAAGAGGAACAAGGACAAGACCAGCCAAAUAACGCCAGGAGAGAAAACCAGACAACAGUUAACGUAUGA